AUGGAAGAUCAAGUUCGCCAUCUAAAGAAUCUAAAUAUAUCUGCAGUGAGUGUUACUCAUGAACACAAUGAUAGAAUCGUUGGCGAUAUUAUUGAUGGAAAAUACACUCAUGUGUAUGGUUCACCAGAAUGUUUUCUCAAAACUACAUGGAGGGAUUAUUCUCGAGCAAACAAUUUAGAUCCUCUUUGGUGUGUGUUGCUGUUGAUGAAGCACAUUGCAUCAGUCAAUG